AUGAUCAUUACCAGAGAUAGUGGCAACAAGUUUACUUCCCAUCCCACCUUUCCUCCCAACAAACUCAUGCGAAUCGAUGCCACCCUCGAAUUACCCUAUCAUGGAGGUGUUUGCAAUUCUGGCAGCAUUGAUGGCGUUGUGUGUCUGACUUUGGGAGAAUCACUCUGUGGAAUCCAUCUACCAGGCAGGUGGUGGUAUUGCCACAAAUCACGGAGCCACCUAGUUUUUAUACUUCUCUUAUGUCUGUGGGCAAAUUCAUUCAAAGUCGUCAUGCUCACUGGUCCGCAAUGGGAAGGGGCACAUCCAAUCGUUGGCGCUCUGGUGUUUAAUGUCGAUAACUUCCGGUGGAGAUCAGCUAUCGGCGGUGGAAACUGGCCCCCGGAGGCAAUCAUGAAAGUGGAGUUUUCUGCAACGGGUCUUAUUUUUGGAUUAGGAUGGCCAACUCGAACUUUGAGCGGUUUGAGAGAACGACGGAUGAGGAGAUUCAGUUUGCAAUUGAGGAAUUCGACAUCCCCAAUUGUUGGUCACUCAAGAUGGCCAACUGGGUUUGCUCUGGCCUACAUUCCGACUGGGAAGGUUUCCAUAUAG